CUGUUCCUGUCCGUGAUUCUGCUGUCUGCUUCCCCUUCGCGAGCAGUCGGAGCGCUACAAUUGUCAGUUUCGUGUGUCCCUAUUUUUUUUAAAAACGUUUUUGUUUUCGGCUCCAUGUUGAAGUUUUUGGAAGCAGGGGACUCACAGCCGCAGCACACUGUGUCCACACUCACACAGGACGCACGCAGACUCACGCGCACAGACCUCGCCUGAUCUGCACCAGCGCGGGUCACUUCAGGUUAAACCCCGCUGUGUCCCGUCCAGUCCAGCCGACGGAGACCUACACUGCUUCCAGUUGAGGAGGAAUACACAGCCACUGGAACUCCAUAUAAUAUUUGGAUACGAGCUUCGUCUUGCAUAUGCGGAGCAGCCUCUGUUCCAUCCAUUGUGCACGCUGAGCAGAACUUGGGAGCCAGACAUUUCUCCAUUCUCUGUGUAGGAGCAGCUGAGAUUGACCUCCAAAAAUGAGAGUAGCUGGUCCACCUUAAAGGUGUUUCUCUCGGGGAGCUCAGCAGCUCCUCAGUGCUGCCUGGAGUCAGACUUCACCACUUCCUCUGGUAGAUACCCAGAUGUCUGAGGAGGCUCUGAGGAUGACGUCUUGGCCUUGAACCCCACCAGUAUGUCAGAGCCAGCAGAAAAUUGCUCCCCCCACUGGAAAGAUGAGGCCAUUCAAAAUGGGUACAUACCAAGUUACCUGGACAAGGAUGAGCUAUGUGUAGUAUGCGGGGACAAAGCUACAGGCUAUCACUAUCGCUGCAUUACCUGUGAAGGUUGCAAGGGUUUCUUCAGGAGAACCAUCCAGAAGAACCUCAACCCAACCUACGCUUGUAAGUACGAAGGGAAAUGCAUCAUCGACAAAGUGACCAGAAACCAGUGCCAGGAAUGUCGCUUCAAGAAGUGCAUCGCUGUGGGAAUGGCGACCGACUUGGUGUUGGACGACAGCAAGCGGCUGGCCAAGCGGAAGCUAAUCGAGGAGAACCGGGAGCGCCGUCGGAAGGAGGAACUGCAGAAGACAGCAUGGGACCGACUGGAGCCCACCCAGGAGGAGUGGGACCUCAUCCGUAUGGUUACUGAGGCCCAUAUGGCCACGAACGCCCAGGGCAACCACUGGAAGCAGAAGCGGAAAUUCCUGGUCGAGGAAGCUAUGCUUCUUAAUGAAAUAACAUGUAAUUUAUUCUAUACUUCUGACCAGAGUGCAGCGGGGGUGAAGGAAACUAAGCCUGAGGAUAUUGGUCAAGCGUCCAUGGUCAAUACACCAGAUGGAAACAAAGUGGAUAUAGAAGCCUUCAGUCAGUUUACAAAAAUUAUCACCCCUGCCAUAACCCGAGUGGUGGACUUUGCCAAAAAACUGCCUAUGUUUUGUGAGCUGCCUUGUGAAGACCAGAUCAUCCUGUUGAAAGGCUGCUGCAUGGAGAUCAUGUCACUGCGAGCUGCUGUUCGCUACGACCCAGAGAGCGAGACCCUCACGCUCAACGGGGAGAUGGCGGUCACACGCGGUCAGCUUAAGAACGGGGGCCUGGGCGUAGUGUCAGAUGCCAUCUUUGACCUUGGCGUGUCGCUGUCCUCCUUUAACUUGGAUGACUCUGAGGUGGCUCUUCUACAGGCUGUCAUCCUGCUUUCAUCUGAUCGUCCGGGCCUGAGUAGCGUGGAGCGAAUCGAACGCUGCCAAGAGGAGUUCCUGAUGGCCUUUGAACAUUACAUCAACUACCGCAAACACAAAUUGGCGCAUUUCUGGCCUAAGCUGCUAAUGAAGGUGACGGACCUGCGGAUGAUUGGCGCCUGCCACGCCAGCCGAUUCCUUCACAUGAAAGUGGAGUGUCCCAAUGAGCUAUUCCCUCCUCUCUUCCUGGAGGUCUUCGAGGACUGACCAAUGGAUUUUUUUUUUGUUGCGUGUGUGUGUGCAUGUAUGUGUGUGUACGUGUGUCUGUGUGCAUACGUCAGCACCUGGGCACCCUGGUGGUCUCAGGGGUGGAACCAGCAGAAGGCCCGUCACAAUGAACUUUCCAUUAGCACUACUGAGUGUCACUUCAUUCCAUAGUUUAGGAGUAGCUCUCUGGUCUAGUUUUGGAUGGAACCAUUCCUUACAGUGCGGGUACAUGUGAAUAGCAAUUUGCUCUUUUUUUUUUUUUUUUUUUGGACUUUGUUUUGUUGUUGUUGUUGUUGUUGUUGUGGAUAUAACCUCUCACCUCGGAUUUUACUAUAGAUUAUAUUUUGUGUUGAUGAUUGUACAGUUGGCAUAAUGGUGAUCUUAUUGACACUUGCUCAUUAGAAACCAUGCAAAUGUAUUUUCCUUCAUUUUAUGUUGAAAAACUCAAAAAUGGCUGCUCACCUGACACAAAAGAAGACAUUUUUUAGUGAUCGGUUAGCCUUUCCCCUGACCUGCUCGACUUUAUCGGACCCAUUUGUUGGUUAUUAUAUUAACUGUCAUAUAGUCAGUCAUCCAUCUGGUGAGGAGUCUCUGAGCUGUUCAGUGCCUCGCCAUCAUACUGUGACCUGAGACAGCAACACACACUCUAAUAGACAACAACUCACAGGUCUUUGUAAGUCUCUUGGUAGCUACACGUCACAACAUUUAGUCACAAUGCUGCAUUUCAGAGAUGUCGUAAAAAUCUGAAGUUUGCAACUGAAGAGCACCUUGAAAGAGAGAAACCUGGGUAAGAUUGUUGCUGAAUGAACGUUUCUAAUUUUUUUUUUUUUUUAGUUUACCAUCACAUCCACAUGGCAGCAGACACUUUAAAAAGUGCACAAAUAUACUGUUAAACUUGUUUUUAAUCCUAUAAACACACCUAGUUUCUACUUUCAGUAAAGUCUGAGUAUAAAUCUGCCCAGUUCUUACCUUUGUAGUAAGUAGUUUAAAGGUUGCAAUACUAAAAUACUCACAAGCAGUGCUAAUUAUGAUGGACAAGAUUAGCUGUUGUGUUAUGGCAGCAUGUUAGGGCCAUUUCAGAAGAAAAGAAAUGAUCUUUUUUACCACCAAAAUGAAAGAUAGAGAUUUUUUAAAUCAAAAAAUCUAAUUUUUGGAAGUUGUUUUCAGUCGAUUUUGGACAAAAUACAUCAGCAAAUUGAGGCAAAGAAAAAAUAUUUUAAAACAUUUCUGAAUGUAUGAAAGGAAACCACUUUGCUUUGCUUCUCUGCUUGUAUGUAGAGAAAUUCACACCAAACUCCAUUCUGAAAUAUGGUCAUUUAAGCACAAAUUCAUUGAUAUUCACUUACACCCAAGAUUCUUUGCUUUUUGAGCUCUUGCAACCCUUAAUGACUGUUUGGAUCUUUUUAUAUCAUAAAAUCAUAAUUUAUAAGCUGAUUGGCAGAAGAAUUGCUCAGUUUCUCGUCUUCCAUGACCUUAAUAUGCUGUCAUAGCUGCUUUUUGUCCACAUUUAUUGCCUUUUUUACAAACCAGACCAUGACAACACAAACAGGUAAUUGCAACUUAGCAGCUGGUGAUUCAGACGUUAUGGAAGGGAACGCUACAGUAGCAUUAAAAUGAGCCUGUUCAUCAUUGCCAGAGACUGGUCAGGACUAACUAAAAAGCACAUAAUGACACUGAUGUCAGGAAAAGACAAUCAUAUAGUACUCGUUUUUUGUUUUUGUUUUGUGUGGGUGUGUGUGUAUGUGUGUGUGUGUGUAACAAUGCCACAUGCUGUGCCAAAUCCAAGUGAAUGAUGCCCUCCUUAUUGAGUCCCCCUGCUGGGCUCUCAUAGCGAUAUCAAGACUUGACUGAUUACGCUAGUUAGUGCAUGCCAUGAGCCAGCACUCUGACUCAUGUUUUAUGUUAGCAGCUUCUACUCAUCAACCAGUAUCAGUUUUAAGUGUUUAAUCUCAGCCAUGUUGCCUCACUCAUCCCAUAUAAAAUCAUUUCAAUCGCUGUUUUGGGUUUUUUUUUUUGUUUUUUGGUUGUUGUUUUUUUGUUAAACUCCCUGAAAAGAGGAGACUGUAUGUUAAAUCAGUGACGUCUUGGUGCUAUGGUGGGUUGGGGAAAUAGCCGAUUGGACUGUAUUGUUAUUUACAUGCUUAAAUGAACAUUACGUUUGUACAACAGCCCACCACCCUCUUAUGAUGGCAUGCAUAUACACUAACACACAAACAUGCACAUAUGCAGCACAUACAGUAUGCACAUACAUCCUAUACACAUGCACAUAUGCGUGUGCCUCGAAAACAUAUGGGUCAGACCCCACCACUGUGACCAAUCAGUGGGAUGUGGAAGCCAGGUGAAGCUUGGCUGGCCCAACAACAGUGUAACAGACAGUAUAAUUCAUCAUCAGCAAGGUACACUGAGAAAGCUGGUGAGAUUGUGAAAACGUAGUGCUCUUUCCUUUCUCUUAUUUUAGCCGGUAUGUUCAUGUUUUUUUGUUGUUGUUCUCAAAGCCUCUCUAUGGUAUUGUUGUUUGCAAUGUGACAAACAUUUGCUUUGUAUAUCUCGCUUUUUCAAGCUUCACACUACUCCUCAAAGCAGCUUGUGAUUUUAUUUUAUUUUUUUCUCUUUCUGUGAAGUGAUGCCUUUUAUCAAAGCAAUAGACUUGCUGCAGUGUUUGAAUGACCCGGACCUCACACACACACCUCGCAAAAUUGUACAGACUCAAAUAAAUGCACAGACAAUCAGAGGGAGAGAGAUGGAUAGGCGGAAUAGGCAGCUGGGCUCAACCGCCUGGUUCACGUGUUGGGUUCCUGAGCCAUGUUGAGUCAGAGCUCUUUGGAAAAAAAGUGACAUUGGCUAUGUUUACAUGCACCUCUGCUGUCCACAGUCCUGUAGCGGUCACCUUCAUGUUAAGUUGUUAGCAGGAGCCAUUGAUAUCCUGUGACUGAGCCUGCCUGUUGCCAUUAAUUAAACAGUCAACAGAAUAGUCCCAGUAGAAAACAUCAAAAUGUCUCACAGACAUGACAAAUUCUUUUAAAAAGUCAAGAGAUGUGAAAAGAAAUUGGGCGAGCUAUCACAACUAGGGUCUGGUUGCACAAACGUGGGGACUGCUCUAUAGAGUUAGGCCAGUCCUCAUUUUCCUCUUAAACUAGUGUAAAACCCUUUUCAACCAAACAGUCACAGGAACUGAACUCAGGAACUAAAUCAGGACCUAAAAGCCCCUUCGGUGCAAUUAUGUUUGCAUUUCCACUGCAUCUGAAAAACCAUGAUGUCAGCAAAUUAGACUAAAAUGUUCAAAAGUGACAUUCUGUUUGAGACUUGAUUUUUUUUUUUUUUAAUGCAAUGAGAUGACAACUCAGCCAUCAGGUGGUCUUUUGUAAUUUAUUGUUGCAUGACGAUGUGAUGUUCUACUUAAGUAUGUACCCACAUUGAAACAAGCAUCUCUUGUCAGCCUGCUGUCUCUUACUGUACCUCUUUUUUUUAAACGUUUGAGAUCUUUUAGCUAAUCUCAGGAAUUUGGCUACGUAACUUUGUUUAAAGAUCCCCUCCAGACAUGUUUUGGGAUAUAUAAAAAUACUCAGCUUUGGAUAAUAAUUUGUGUCUGAUAUGUUUUUUCACAAAAACAGAACAAAACAGAAAACCCCCAAAAAGUUUAAUUGCCUGUUAAAAAUUCUUAAAAUAACAACUACUCCCGCUCCCUCAUAUAUUAUUAAUAUUGUUGAUUUCUAAAGUUUUCCUGCUGGACACAAGCUGUCUCCUUCUCCACUGUGAAGUCCAUUCUCAGUGUCUCAGUGCACAUCACACUUGUCACCAAUCGUGCUCGUAGGUACAUGCCUUAAACCUUAAUGAGCACAUAAAGAAACUUCUGGGGCUGUGUGAUAUGUUGAUAGUCAUGUCACAUUAUUCCGUAUCGUUUAAUUAGUUGUGUCUCAAAUCACGCUCUUUACAACAGUAUUUUUCAUCAUUUGGAGUCUGUCAAUCGAUUACAUUAAUAAAUUACUCUUCUUGGCUUUUUACUCUUGAAUUCACAAACAUUCUUUUUUUUUAAUUAUUUUUAUUAACAUUAAUGUAACGAGUGUAGUUAUUGUCAACUUGAGUACUUCACCUGCUUCACUGUCUCUCUUCUGCUGUGCUGUGUGUGCAGCACACAUAUGAAGGGCUGAGCCCCACUCGUACCUGUGCAACACAAAGAGCAGAGGAGAGUAGAGUGACCACUCUCACACUGAACUGAGUGCACAUACAUUAGGUAAAUAACAUGAAGAAAAAUAGUCUCCACUGUGUUUUGCUGUCUUUUAUGGUCAUGCUAUUCUCCUCUGCUCUCUGUGGUUCAGCCGUUGGUUGUAUGUAAAUAUGGACGUCAUGACAGUUCCCCAAAGGUGAAGCCAAUACAUCUCUAUCGCCCUAGUGGCUGGCUGCAGUACAGCUCAUGAAUCCCGCCCCUUCCAUGUUAGUCAAUGGGCCAAACUAAAAAGUCAAAGUGCAUGUCUAAAACAUUUUUCCUAAAGAGGUUUAUGUCAAUUUAGGUAGUUUGUCUAAGUGCUCAUUUUUCUGAUAAGUUUGUUUUCAAUUCAUUAUUUGAUCAUCACCAUGAUUGACAGGUAUGACAGCAGCUCUCAAACUUCUGUCAGGCGCAUGCGGGUAGUUCUGUGUAAAAAAAAAUAAGCUACUGCGGAAGUGCCUUAAACCUGUAUUCUUUCUAAUGGCCAUCAGGGGGCGACGCCACUAGUUGUAUAAAGAGAUCCAAUUAUAUGGAAGUCUAUGAGAAAAUGACCCUACUCCUCACUUGAAUUAUUACCUCAGUUAACAGUUUCCUAGUGGGUUUAUGGUCUAAUUCGCUAGACUCAAGUUUGAAUGGGCUCCAUUUUUGGUCCGGUAUCCAGCUUUUAUAAUACAUCCAUGGUUUUCAGUUCAUCUAAGUUUAUUGUAACAUUUUAGUCACCUAAAAAAGUCUUGUUCCGCAUUUGGCUGUACUAAAAGACCCUCUAAGGAGUCAACUGUUCAGUUUUUAGGCCUGUUUUUCGCUAUUAAAAAUUAGCAUUACCACAGUUAACAGUAGACUGUAAAUGCACCAUGCUAACUAAGCUAGCAGCUAGUACUGGGAUCAGCUCCACCCUCUCAUCCAUAUAUGGUCACUUCUGGCUCCAAAAAUGGUGGCGGUCAAAUCCAAAAUCGUGACGGUUAAAUCACUAAACUUCCUGUAAAGGAGAUAUUUUGGCUUCACUUUUGUAUAGUGGUAGGAAGCAGAGAUGCGUCAUCCAUAUAACAGGGAAAUACUCAAAUUGAAACUACAAUAAAAGCUUCAUUUGUAGAAAGACACAAAGGGUAAUUUAUUUAUGAAAUACCACAAAAGAUGGAACUAAUACCUAAAAUAGGGGCUACUUCUGUGGCAUGGAUGUGGUUUGGGUAUGAAAAGUCUGACACUGACCAGAAACUAUUACAUUGAAUUCACUCAAAAUGUGCUAUAUCAUGAUAUGCAUUAGUACCUGUAGAAGAAAUAUAUAUUACCUAUAUCAGGAUAUGAGUUUUGUCAUAUCACACAGCCCUACUGUCAAACUUCUAUUGUUAAACUCUUAACGUACACCAUUCAGCACAAAGAAGCUCUAACAUCCAAGUGGAAUAAUAAACAAAACACUUUUUUUAGGUGGAUGGGGACUUUAAACAACAACAACAUUAAAAUAAAUUCAGUCAGAUACACCAGUACUGUUAACUCCACCCUGAUAGCUGCUCGGCCAUCAGUAUGUACUACCUCAGGAGUAAGUACUUCAAAAACCCAGGGACCAAGAUGGAACUACGUUCCUGAGUCACUGCAGUGGUAAAACUAACCAUCAGUUAGACUAAAAAUAAAGACUCCUCAAUUCUAAAGCUGCAUUAAUUGUUUUUCAGGGGUGAUUUUGGCCUCUAGGGGGCAGAAGUACUCCACAGCAAGCUGGCAGAUACACAGCUCUGACAUAUUGUGGCCUUAUAAUGUUGUUAUGGGUCACUUGUUAGGAAACAGUUGCAUAUUUGUUUUAUAUGUCCAUUACUUACUCCCCUUUUAGCUCUGGUUUGAUUUCCACAACUUCUGAGAACAUUUGUGUUCUUCUUAGCAGCCACAUGUUUUACUUACGUUACGUUAGCACUAGUUUGACGAUGGGUGCAGAAACAGGAUUGAUAAUAGUGGUCAGACAGUGAGACAGUGAACAACUAAAACAUUUAGUUAAAAAUAAAUCUGUAGAGCUAUAGAUUUGGGUGAUAAUUAUCAGGUAUCAAUUCUGUUCACUUUGCACAGUCAUUGAAUGUACUGUUACUAUUGCAACACUGGAGUAUGUUAGCAUUAACCUAAUUAAAUCCAUUUUUGGUAGUGGGGAAGAAACAGCCUGGGUACAGCUUCAUCAGAACGUGUGUUUUAAUGUCUGUUCAAAAGGAAAAAAGUAGGGCCCCCAGAACACCAAAAACAAACUUAAUACAUCACUUCACAAUGCAGCGUAUCACUCCGCCCAAUAUAAACUAUCCUAAACACUACAAACAAGCAGGAGUGUGGAUUUUUUUUUCACCUGUUUCUUACAGUGGACUUCCAGUAAAGAGCUGACACUGUAAGGCCAGUAUAUUACUGCAGCUAAAAACGUUUCUUCCUGUUAAUAGGCAAUGAGAGUAAAAUCCAUACAGACUCGAACAAAAAAUGAGUUAAUCAGUUCCACAAAACUGACUGUCUGCGCAACCUUUCCUGCCUCAGCUUUCUCAUAAUCAAAGUAUGAACUUGUAAGAUUACUGGUCUUGCAGAGGAAUCUUCUGUGUAAGUAGAAACAUAUUUAAAAAAGAGUUUUCUCAAGAUACUCUACAUGACAUGUCAGUGGAAAUGUUUCUCCACUGAGGUCAACUUUACUGGCCUGGCUGGUUCACAUAAUUGGCAUUCAAAAUGGCCACAACUCACUUCGAAAAUUAGAUUUUUUAUUUAAAUAAAUAAAAAGAACUGUAAACUUAAGUGUUUUUUAAAAGCAAAGGAAGUGACCAAAACCUCACCCCAACGUUAACCAAAGUCAUUUACAGUAACCUCAGAGCUGCAUUGAUCAUUUUAUUUGGCCACUUGGUGACUACUAAAGUACAAAAUUACAGCAUUCUGAAGUCAAUUGACUAUCAUGUUAACAGCCUAUAAUACUGCACAAUAGCCACUGUAGGCUACCUGUAACAGACGCUAAGCAACAUUAGCAUUGGAGUUGUGUUUCUGGUGACCUGAUGAAUAGUAAUUCACUCUCUAACUUUGAUUCAGUCUCCACAAAUUCCUGAGAAAAACAAUAUUUACUGCUAAAUGGUCCGCUAUGCUCAUCAGCUUGUUGCUACCUUAUCUGUCUGCUAUUUGUUACUGAGCAGGUAUCGUGCAGUGGAGUUAGCUAGCUCACAUUUUUCACUGAAAACAGCCGCCUGGUAAGGAAGUUGUCGGGAACGCUAGACGGAACCAAAACAGUAAAGAGUUGUGUGUCGUAACACCAAAACAACGGGCUGAAAGGCGCUAACAGGCUACGUUGAAUACGAAUGUUUGUGUUUUUUGUGGGACGUGUGCAAACGAGUUAAUGGCUGUAAGAAUAUGUUGGACAUUUACGCGUCACACACACACACGAUUACUUGAAUUAUCAUAAUGUAAAGAGCUGAUGGUGCAUGUAAACAUAGUCAAUGCUGACUGCCGGUUCGAAAAAUGUUUACUGUUCCCGAAGAGGUGCCAGUAGGCUACGCUGUUAUCUCUCCCACGAGUUGUUACUCUUAAUGUUACUCAGUUACAAACCAAUAACAAGAGUUGCACCACAGAAAAGCUAUUUUACAGUACAAAGGAAAAAGGAUGUAUAUUUUCAGACUGCAGAUUUUUUUUACAGAUGUUGUUAGCAUUAUAUGAACAUGGUAUUGUUUUGCAUAGCGUUAAAAAAAAAGAUACAGUAUCUUGCUCUCAAAUCGCCGUCAGCACAAAAGAACUAUGAGCAAGAUAUUACAAAUCAUAAACACUUAAAUUAGUGCUACAUUCGUUUUUAAAGAAAAAAAUGAAUAAUUACUGUAGCUGGACUUUCACUGUCAAUGUGCAAUGCAGCACAGCUACACAUCAACACAUUUAAGGACAAUUUAUGGUAUAAACAACAUCAGAGAAAAACUCAUCCACAGUUAACACAGAUUUCUCUCCUUGUGUGUUUGAGUGUCUUCUUGUUCUACUCAUGUGUUCAACACGUACUGGUAAAACCGUCACGGAGAGAAAGGGAGUGAGACAAAGUGUGUGUAGGUGUUGGAGUGAAUCUGUGGCAGCCAAACAGAAGACCAAUGAAGUUCUGUUCCAAAAUUUGCUGUCUUGCACUCGGCAUUUUACUGGAAACAUUGUCCAGGAUUCCUCGUCCAGCAGGACAGUACUUUGACAUGAGCGUUGAGGACUUUCAGAGGAAAUAUUUUUGAUGCUCACGAUUGACUAUGAUUGCAGCUAAUGUGAAUUGGCUCUUGAGAAUAAAGAUGGUUUUGAGAGAC